CUACCUUUCGGCCGCCCACUCAUCCUUGCACUUUCUGACUCACCGAACCUCUCUGUCAAAAUGCGUUAUUACGAACAGAGAUAUCCCGAGGUCGAUGAGCUGGUGAUGGUGCAGGUUCGGCAAAUUGCUGAGAUGGGUGCCUAUGUCAAGCUCCUGGAGUAUGAUAACAUCGAGGGAAUGAUUCUGCUUUCCGAAUUGUCUCGCAGACGCAUUCGCUCGAUUCAGAAGCUCAUCCGCGUGGGACGCAAUGAAGUCGUCGUCGUUCUCCGUGUUGACAAGGAGAAGGGCUACAUUGAUCUCUCAAAACGCCGCGUUUCGCCUGAGGAUAUCAUCAAAUGUGAAGAGAGGUACAUGAAGUCGAAGACUGUCGCCUCGAUUAUCCGCCAUGUCGCGUCAAAAGUACCCUCGCUCGAUGCUGAUGGUCACCAAGAGCUAAAGUCCGCUGAAGUGGAAGAGAAGGAGCACGAAGCAAAGCGCAAUCGUCGGGCGCAGAGGAAAGAGGCUCAGGAACGCGGCGAGGAGCUGCCAGAAGACGAAGGCGCAAUUACCAACGCCAGCGAAGAAGAGCGCUGCGAGCAGCUCUACGAUACCAUUGGGUGGCCAUUGGGCAAGAUCUACGGCCAUCCAUACGAUGCUUUCAAGCUUGCUUUGACCGAGCCAGACGUCGUUUACUCUCAGCUCCCAAAGCCCAUUCCCGAUCACGUCAAGGAUAUCCUCGUAGCCACCAUCGCUCGUCGUCUCACACCUCAGCCUAUCAAGCUGCGUGCAGAUAUCGAGCUGACUUGCUAUACCCCUGCUGGUAUUGAUGCUAUCAAGAAAGCGCUGCGGGCUGGCGAAGCCCAGAGCAGCGACGCCGUCCCUAUCAAGGCCAAGCUUGUUGCACCACCGCUUUAUGUUCUUAGCACCAACGCUACAGACAAGUACGCUGCUGUUGACCGCCUUGAGCGCGCCAUUGAAGCUAUUCAAAAUUCUAUCGAGGGUCUGGGUGGCUCGCUAGUCGUAAAGAUGAAGCCCAAGGCCAUCUCAGAGACAGAAGAACACGACUUGGCGCAGCUCAUGGCGAAGGCUGGCCAGGAGAACGCCGAGGUUUCUGGCGACGAGGACGACGAGGACUUGGUGUAGAGAGCCCAAGACCUUUCUCGUUUUCUUACCUGUGUAGACUGUUACCGGUAUCUCCAUGCUGUAUCAUGCAAUGAUCCCU